GUACCCCGGAUCAUAACAAACCGGGUGAAUGGAGUGUUGUGAGCUGGAAUAAAGUAUCUAUUAAAAUGCCGGAGAUCAAAGUAACACCUCUUGGUGCGGGGCAGGAUGUGGGUCGGAGCUGUAUCUUAGUCACAAUCGGUGGUAAAAACAUCAUGUUGGACUGUGGAAUGCACAUGGGAUACAAUGAUGAUCGGCGCUUCCCAGAUUUUUCCUAUAUCACUGAUGGCCCACUGACUGAUUACUUGGACUGUAUUAUUAUCAGCCACUUCCAUCUUGAUCACUGUGGAGCUCUACCCUACAUGACAGAGAUGGUGGGGUACAAUGGGCCCAUCUAUAUGACACAGCCCACCAAAGCUCUUUGCCCUGUGCUCUUGGAGGACAUGAGGAAAGUUGCUGUGGAGAGGAAAGGAGAGACAAACUUUUUCACAUCUGUGAUGAUCAAAGACUGCAUGAAGAAGGUUGUUACUGUCACACUUCAUGAAACAUUGCAGGUGGACAGUGACUUAGAAAUCAAGGCCUAUUAUGCUGGACAUGUACUGGGUGCAGCUAUGUUCCACAUCAGAGUGGGUUCUCAGAGUCUUGUAUACACAGGGGACUACAAUAUGACUCCUGAUCGGCACCUGGGAGCAGCAUGGAUAGACAAAUGCAGGCCAGACCUCCUUAUAUCAGAGUCAACAUAUGCCACAACAAUCCGUGACUCUAAACGUUGCAGAGAACGUGACUUCCUAAAAAAAGUUCACGAUGCAGUAGACAGAGGAGGCAAAGUCUUGAUCCCAGUGUUUGCCCUUGGUCGUGUGCAAGAGUUGUGCAUCUUACUUGACACUUACUGGGACCGCAUGAACUUGAAAGUUCCUAUCUACUUCACCAUGGGUUUGGCUGAGACUGCCAAUAAAUACUACAGAAUGUUUAUUACUUGGACAAACCAGAAGAUCAGGCGCACAUUUGUUCAUCGGAACAUGUUUGAUUUUAAGCACAUCAAGCCCUUUGACAAGUCUUACAUGGAUAACCCAGGUCCCAUGGUUGUGUUUGCCACCCCUGGUAUGUUGCAUGCAGGCUUGUCACUCGCUAUCUUCAAGAAAUGGGCCUCAAAUGCUAAUAAUAUGGUUAUUAUGCCUGGUUACUGUGUUCAAGGAACAGUAGGCCACAAGAUUCUGAAUGGUGCUAAGAAGAUUGAUUUUGAGAACAGAACAAGUGUUGAGGUGAACCUUACUGUUGAGUACAUGUCCUUUAGUGCCCAUGCUGAUGCCAAGGGUAUCAUGCAACUGAUUCGUCACUGUGAACCUAAAAAUGUAAUGUUGGUGCAUGGAGAAAAUGCCAAGAUGGAGUUCCUGAAACAAAAGAUCAUGCAGGAGUUCAACAUCAAUUGCUACAAGCCAGGCAACGGUGAGACAUCAAUCAUCCCUGUGUCCAUUGAUUUAGAUGUUGAAGUGUCACUCCCUCUACUGAAACACACAAUGGCUCUCCCUACUUCUGGCUGCUCCUCCUCCUCCUCUAGAGGCAACAACACAGAAGAAAGUCGAACAAAGAAGCAGAAGGUCCUGCAUGGGGUCCUCAUUAUGAAGAAUAAUAAUUUGAGAAUCGUUGGGGUAAAUGAAGCCUGGGGAGAUCUCGGUGUAACUGCACACAAUCUCAGGUUCACGGAGAGAAUUGAAGUGGAUGAACCUGGCCCUGUUCCAGCUCUCACCUCAGCAUUACACACUCUCUUGUCUCAGAAAUUAGGUAGUUCUCAAGUGCAAGCAGUCAAUGAGUUCCAGCUUUCUGUUGCUGAUUCUGUGUUCAUUAAUAUCCAAGAUGAUGAACCUGGGAAGACCAUCUUGCUCUCGUGGACUCAUCAAGAUGAAGGACUUGGCAGCAAGCUCUUGGACAUUAUAAAAAGCAACUACAAGAAGUCCUGAAAACAGCGAACAAGGAUAAUAGGAUUGUGUAAGGUUAUUUUUUUACAUUAGGUUAAGACAUGCGUACAUGUAAUUGUUUUCGUUCUUAUAAAGUCAUGGGAUAAUAUUGCAGUUUUUAUUGUAAUAAUUUUGUCAGCUCCUUUAUUGUUUAGAGUAUAGA